CCCGCCCUGAAAGAAAAAUAUGAUCCCACAGACCCUAAGAUGAACCCUCUCAACCCUCAAGGUCUUAAACCAUGUUGUGCCUGCCCAGAAACGAAAUCCUCUCGCGAUGCUUGUUUUCUACAGAAUGGAAACGAAGAAGGAAAAUGUGCUGAGGUACUCAAGAAGCAUGUCGAAUGCAUGCGAGGGCUCGGAUUCGACAUCUAG